UUGCUUGAAAAUGGCAGAGAUGAGCGUGUCUAUUUCAGCAGUUGAACUUGAAUCUACUGUGAUACAUAUAAGUUCAAGCAACUCUCAGCAACUAAAGGUAUCGUCAGUGGAUCCGAGGAAUAUAGACUGUUUCGAAGCGAGGAACGAGUCACUCCGAGCCAGAUACGUUUACGGCAUAAUCUUCUUCGUUGCCAACCUAACCGCUUGGUUCAUUCGAGAUUAUGGCCACAGUGUUUUCCCUCCACUCUACUAUAAAGAAGCUUGUGGAAUCACCGGACACGAUUGCUUUCACACAUUCGGAGUUCUUCGACUUGCAGUAAAUGGCACUCAGGAUGGUGGGGGAUGAAGCUCGUCCUGUUGCUUGUAUCCAUGGUUGUACCAUUCUUCCUCCC